AAGGUUGUCGAGAGAUAAUUCGGUCAGAGGAAACACUGCAGAAUUUGAAGUCCUUGCCGAAGACCAGAAUCUCUAGUUUUGGUCCGCAUCAGUAGAGAUCAUUUUUAUCGAGACAGAACCUAAAAAUUUUUUAUCACCAUGUCGUCCUCGUCGGCUUCCGCGGCAGUGGAAAGGCAGCGUCCACGAAGGAGCGGGACCGUCGUCCGGCGGACCCUGCGGUUCGGCGGGGUUUGUUCAGCCAUGAUGUGCACCGACGUGCUUGUGUCCUUCACGCCGUGGUCACUGACAUCCCCAGCCUCACUACACGUCGCCCACGCCCUGCGGAGGCUUCGCGACAACACCCCUCCGCCUUCGCAGAUGUUUUUCACGGGUUCGCCACCCAAGGGUAGCAAGGUGGGGACAGCAGGGGCGGCGAACGUAGGAGCACCGGUGAGGAACCCGAAUGCAUAUCAAAUGCAAAAAUGUCUGGGUCUGGAAGAGUGCGCGAUUUGUCAUGCUGCUUUUCCAUGACUCAUGAGGUCUGGAAUGCAGGACCUAGCAUGACAGAUUCUGUGCGAUCUCUCUCAUACCUAUCCUGCAUGAGAAACUCCCUCCCGACUUGGUGAAAACUGGACGACUUUUGGUAAUCAUGCAAGACAGAUUUUUGCAUGAGCUUCAGCUUUAGCAUGACAAGUUGCAAUCUUCCAGACCCAGACAUUUUUGCAUUUGAUAAUGCAGUUACGUCAACGACAAGGAACAGCGAAGAGGACGAGCGAAGUAACCAGGAGACGAGGACCGCCAAAGAUUUGUUGAACGACAAGAAGCGCCCCGUCGACGGAGCGGUCGAGGAUGCCAGGAAUGAUCCGCAGUCCUCGGUGAUGCAGAAGAAAACGACGCUGCAAGAACGGAAGAAGCAGAAGGAGUACCCCAAACCGGAGGAGGUUCCCUUUGGGGCCGUGUCCUGCCUGCCCGAGCGGCCGCAGCUCCGCUGGUUGGUCGACGAGGCGACGGCCGUGAACGUGUGCUGCACCGUGCCCCAGCGCCUGGCCGAGCCGCAGGCCUCGUUCUACCAGGGACUCAACUUCACCGGCACCGGGUACGCGCUCCCCGAGGAGCUCCCCAACGGCACCGCCUACAUGAGCUUCUACUCCUCUUCUGACCCGAACGAGGAGCUGUUCCGGGUCCCGGGAUUCGGGCCGAACCCGCGGUCCUACCUGGAGUUCUACCUGGAGUCCAAGUACCACGGGUGGCCUUCGUUCCGCGACGACGAGGUGAACUUCGACCGCGUGAUGAACGUAUGCCUUGCAAAUAUGUCUUCUGGAAGGUUGUGACUUGUGAUGCUGUCUUCGGAUUCCAAAAAAAUCUGUAUUGCAUGACUAGCAAGAGGAGUCUGGUUUGUGCUACGCGGGCAGGGCAUUUCUCAUGCGGAAUGUGCAUCAGGAAGCCCUCUAAAAAUCUGUGAUGCUAGAGCAUGCAUUACAGGCGUCAUGGGCCAUGCAAAAUAUGCAUGACAAACCGUGCAUCCUUCCAGAACCAGACAUAGUUGCAAUGCAUAGAAUGUGACCGCAAACGAAACCAACCCGGAGUCUUUCGGCGGCGCCACGGGGGGCGGUGAGCCAAUUCCGAAGUCGGUCUCGGAGCACAACCCGCUGCGGCACCCCUCCUACCGGGGCCAGGUGUCGCCGAAUCUGAAUCCGGUGCCCUCUGAGAUCAUCACGGUGCCAUAUGGACUGCAUAAGUACUAUCGUACUUACUAGUAUAAAAGCGCAUGACAUCAAUUUGAGAAUAGGAUUUGUAUACGAUUACUACGAGUGCGAUACCGAUACUCUUGCAAUGCAUAUGCCAACCAGCCACACGAAAGUGGGAAAAGUGAUCGAGAUCCCGUCGAUCCACCUGGGCCACAACAUGCCGGACGAGCAGGGAAACCGGUACUGCGUCAACCUCGUGUGCAUCGCGGGCAAGUACCCGUAUGGAUUGCAAAUACGUCUGGGUCUUGAAAAAUGCAAGGUUUGUCAUGCUUGUCUGGCAUGACAGACACAGUCACAGACUGCAAAGCUUGUGAUGCGUGUCCAAGAAAAGACCCUUUUGCCUGUCAUGCAAAAACGCAGUGUGUAGUCAUCGUCAUGCGGUAAACGCAACACUAGGCAGCGCAGAGAUGAUUUCGCAUGCGUGUCUGUGCAUUACAAGAAAUUCACUAUUCCCAAUCCAGCAUUACAAGUUUCCAGACCUCCAGGGAUAUUUGCACUUGAUAACCCGGGUGACGGCACCAAUUUACCGGAGGAGGAACGGGAAAUGGAGCAGGCCGGUGAUCUAUCAACUGCAAAAAUGUCUGGGUCUGGAAGAUUGUCAAGUUUGACAUGCAUAUUUUGGAAGAUGACCCAUGAAGCCUGCAAUGCAUGCCCUAGCAUCACAGUUUUUUAGAGGACAUCGUGAUGCCUCUACCGCAUGAGAAAUUUUGCCCUCUCCGCGUACUUAGCACAAACUGGAUUUUUCUUGCUGUUCAUGCAAUACAAAUUUUUUUUAGAAUCCAAUUCCACCAAGCGCAGCAUUACAGACAUAUUUGCACUGCAUAUGAUCAAGAUGAUGAUGGCGCGGAGCAGGGUGUUGACAACGAGGGCCAGACCGCGUUCAUGCAGGAUGAAAACGAGGAGGUGGACGGGGCCGCCGACGCGGAAGCCAAAGCCGCUACGGGGGACGGCGCGGCGUCAGAGCAGUCUUCAAACACGAAUUCAUUCCUAGAAAAGAUUUGAAGAAAGUAGCACAACGAGGAGAGGUGAAGCUCCUGCUUGCUGCAAAAUUUGUUUCAAUGCUCCUUACAUCAGUAUACGAUGGUUUCGUUUCAACAGUGAGUUUCGGUGUGCACGCGGAGGACGACGCGAGCAAAAAUCAGACUGCACGCAUGACUUGAAUUGGACAUUGAAAGUAACCGUUUGUUUGAUAUAUCUAUGAACAAGAAGGUUCGGAUGAAAUGAUUUUUCUUCAAUUUUGACAGCUGCGACUGCAAGACUUCGCUAUACUACCACUGUAGAUGUAAGAUCGUAGGACGAGAAUGACAAAAGUUGUAUCACGAAGACAAGAAGUAGAAGGAAGUUGUCAGACCUGUCAACCUGAACCGCGCGAUGUUGGAUUUUCGAAGAAGUACUACUUAUACCAUAAUUUUCAGGAGACCAACGGCAGAUCAAAC